AUGAGGGUGAACGUAGUCUCGCAGCGGCUCCCUGCUGCGCGACAGGAGGGCACGGACGAGAAGAGUUUCGAUGAUAUGUUUGACAGGCUCUUGAGCCGCCAGGACGAGAACAGGAAUCCGAUCGGUCCGGAGGAGCUCACACAGACUGCCGAAGCGAUCACGCUCCUCGUACACAACGUCCAAGUGCUUACCUCAUUGUCAUCGGUCGUACAGUGUCGUGAUCGAUGA